AUGGCAGCAGCCGCGGAUGAUUAUGAACAAGACGACGACUUCCAAUUCUUUCGCAAAUCGAAACGCCCAAAGACGGAUGAGCCUGAGCCGGCCGCAGCACCACCAGCGGUCCCAACGAGCACCACAAAGAAGGCUGGGAGAGGGAGACCACCCAAGGCACGCGCCGCGAAGGCACCGGUGCCAGAACCGAUUGCGGAGGAUCUCGACGAGCCAGAGCCACCAGCAGUGCUCUCGGUGACCAAAGGCACCGCCAAGGGAAGACCGCCGCGGCGCAAGGCUGGGAAGGAGCCCAUCGAGGAAGAGCCGAAAUCCAAGGCACCCAAAACAGCACCAGGACGCAGUACGCGUCCAACGCCGGACGAAGCAUCACGCGAUGAGAGCUCCGCAGCCAAUGGCGCGACCCGGGGUGGGAAGAAGGGCAGAGGACGACCGGCGCGUGAAGCCAAAGAAUUGCCUCAAUCGCCGGCACCGAUGAUAGAGCAGUCGCAAGCGUCUAAGAUUACGUUGCCCAUGAGCGACACGCCUGUCAUUAACAGGAACAAGGAGAUGCGCAAAAAGGGCGGCGCGAACCGGCGAAGUAGUCUGGGGUCACGAGGACGGCGCGCAAGUUCCCUGAUUGAGAACGGGUCCUCAGCUCUGCCACAUCGUGAGGUGAAACCGGCGGACUUUUACAAGCACAUUGAGGCGGAGGGCCUGCCGGAGCCACGGCGGAUGAAACAGCUGUUGACCUGGUGCGGAGAGCGAGCACUGUCAGAGAAACCGCCGCAUGGCACUCUUAAUUCGAGUGUAAUACAUGGAGCGCGCGCAAUUCAAGAGCAGUUGCUCAAGGACUUUGGGGCCAAAUCGGAGUUUUCCAAUUGGUUCAGCCGAGACGAAGGCCGAAAGGCGCGAGCUGUCCUGAAGCCUAAUCCUCGAAAUACUGAGCUUGACGAGAAGCUCGUGCAGUUGGAGGAAAACGUGAAGAGGCUACAAGAAGAGAAAAAGUCAUGGCAGGCGAUAAGGAAACCGCCGACGCCGCAACCUGGCUUGCUUUCCGACACGGAGCUCGAGACGGGCGAGAUAGAGCUUCCCGACUUCAGUCUCCUAGAUGACGACGACGUCAGGAUACGCAAUCACCUAUCCGACUCGGCCCUAAGCUUCGCUGGGAUACGAGCCAAGACCGAGGAAAGAUUGCGGCAAGUACGAGCGUCACUAGAAUUCCAAGUGGACCAGCUCGCAGAUAAUGUCCAUAAACUCGAGCAAAGGGUGCUGGUGGCGGGCGACGAAGCAAGCAUGGUUCUCAAAUUGAGCGCAGCACGGCUCAAAGAACGCGAGGAGCGCGAGAGGAAGGAAGCUGGGACCAAGGAUAUGCCGAUAAUGGAGGUUUUGAGAAGCUUAGGGAGUAUCUUGCCGGACACUGGUGGGUGA